GGGAAUCUGAGGGUUGCGAGGAGCAGCGGGAGCGCAGCUAUUCGGGUGGGUGCACUUGCGUAGUGUGUUACUGCGGAGAAGCUGGUUCACCUUUCCUCGUCUUUCAUCGCGAGAGUUGCUUCAGUUUGCUUUCGGGAUAAGAGACGUUAACAAUGGAUCAUCUGACUGCUGCAAAUGUCAAAUUUGCGGUUGAUCUCUACAAGCAUUUGGAUAAAGAUAGCAAACUUGGCAACAUCUUUGUGUCCCCGUUUAGUAUAUCAAAUGCCCUGGCUAUGGUGUAUCUUGGUGCCAGUGGAAAUACAGCAACACAGAUGGCCAAGGUGCUUGCUUUUGACAAAGUCAAGGAUGUCCAUGCUGAGUUUCAGAAACUUCAACUUGAAUUGAACAACCCUCAAGCAAAGUACGUGCUGAAAACAGCCAAUCGCCUUUUUGGAGAGAAGAACUACAACUUCCUUGCAGCGUACCUUGCUGAUACACUGAAAUACUACCAGGCAGAACUGGCUCCAGUUGAUUUUCUUACCGCAGCAGAAGCAGUCAGACAGGAGAUCAACACCUGGGCAGAAAAACAAACUGAAGGCAAGAUCACAAACCUACUGGCUGAAGGAUCUGUUGACAGCUUGACAAAGCUUGUUCUUGUAAAUGCCAUUUAUUUUAAGGGAAACUGGCACAGAAAAUUUAAUACAGAAUUGACACAUGAUGGAGAAUUCAGAAUAAAGCAGCAUGAAACAAAACCUGUGCAAAUGAUGAAGCUAAAAAGCAGGUUUGCCUUCACUUAUAUUCCAGAAGUUUCAACCAAGAUACUUGAGCUGCCCUAUGAUGAUAAUGAGCUUAGUAUGGUCAUCCUAUUGCCAGAUAUAAAUGAUGACUUCACUGGGAUGGAAAAACUUCAGAAUCAUCUCACGGUUGAUCAUCUGAUGACUUGGACCAACCCUGAUAAAAUGAACGAGAUAGAGAUUAAUGUGGUUCUGCCCAAAUUCAAACUGGAAGAAAAAUAUGAUCUUGAGUCUAUCCUCAUAGAAAUGGGGAUGGUCGAUGCUUUCAGCACCACGCAAGCUAACUACUCUGCAAUGACUAGUAGAAAUGAUCUUGUUUUGACCAAAGUAGUGCAUAAGUCCUUUGUGGAAGUUAAUGAAGAAGGCACAGAAGCGGCUGCUUCAACAGCAGCGAUCAUGAUGUUGCGAUGUGCUCCGAUGACAUUCGAAUUUGUGGCUGACCAUCCGUUCCUGUUCUUCAUUCGGCACAACAAAACACGCAACAUUUUAUUCUUUGGAAGAUUCUCAUCUCCUUAGACCUGGUGCCGUUAGGUUGCAGCAGUUUUCAAUCCAUUGCUUUUUUUUCCUCUAACAUUUAUGUGUUGGGUAGGUUUUCAUGAAGUUAAGGGGUGGAAUAAAGUAUAAUAUUAAUUUUCUGUACUCUAACCAAUUGAGUUUUGGUAUGCUAUAAAUGAGUAAACAUUCCUUAGAAAAGUAACUGCUUAUACUUUGCUUCUAAUUAUCAUGAGAUGGAGAGCCUGUGAUUGGAAUGGAUAGUUCUGGAAUGCCGAACUUUCAAAAAUAAACACGUGCUUUCCUCUU